AUGGCACCAUUGGAGAACCCCAACUUGGAAGGGUACCACAUUGCCCGUCAAAUGUGGAUGAUGUACUACAACCCCAAAGCUGGCACAUACAUAGCCAAGCAAAAAUGCAGCGGAUGCUACAACGACGACAAGUUUGUCAUUUGGGCCGUCUCGGUCGCAGAUCAAGCCAUUGUCGACGCUGCAAGAAUCUACCCCGAGUUCAAACCCUUGAUCCAGCCCGCUAUUGCCAUCUACCAGAAAUACAAGAAUAAAACCUACAAGGGCUACACUGCUGCUGAAAACAGCGGCAACGACAAGGAUAUCUACUACGAUGACGAUGCCCAAGUGUGCAGCUCGAUGAUCACGGCGUACGAAGUCACUGGCGACAAAACUUAUUUGGACCAAGGCCGGGAGUUGGUGAGAUUCUUGAUGGGCGGCUGGAACGAUAACCCGCUGGCUGUCACCAAGGGUGGCAUGCACUGGCACGUGAGCAAGACAUUGUUGAACUCGUGCACCACUGCCGAAGUAGCCAAAUGCUGCUUGCAGAUCUCGAAAUUCAUCCCUGAUGAAGCUCGGAUUUACGUUGAUUUCGCCGCUAAGUGCAUCGACUGGCAGAUUAAAGUGUUGCAGGACCCAGAGGACAAGUUGAUCCGGGAUGGUGUCGGUGAAGAUAGUCAUAACGUCGAUGAUGCCAAGUGGUCCUAUAACACGGGCACCACCUUGUCUGCCGCGUCGGAAUUGUACCACAUCACCAAGGACCAGAAAUGGUUAAAGAUCGCCAACGAGUUAGCUGAGGCUGCAAUCAACCCAAACUCUUUCUUUUACGAUCGUGAUUUCCCCAAUGAAAAGAGAUACUGGAGGGACUCAUCGUAUUUCGUCCAGUUGUUGAUCGAGGGUUUAGCGGACUACUUGCUUUAUGUAGCGGAAGACGUGCCACAGGGCGUGGCGCAACGGAUCCACGACGAAGUGAGAAGACACUUGAUUAUAUUCUACGAGUUUAUGAAGGAUCCCAAAGAUGGCGGAUACAUCCAAAGUUUCGAGCCUCAUAAUACCUACAAGGAAGUUUACGACCAGAAAUAUCACCAAUGGUUCGGCGAGGGCAAGGGCUGGGGGUUGAAGGAUGAAGAUAAGGAUGGCGCGGGACAUCCACAAAAGUGUCUUAUGGGUAUGGGUGCUGCUGCUAGAGUGUUUUUCCAAGGUGCCAGAAUUGUCCCCAAAAUCUAG